AUGAGUGAACCACAAUCACCUAACUCAUCAGCAUUGUCAUUGAAUUCAAAUGGUUGGUUUCGACAACAACCAUAUUUUGCUGCUUUUUCUAAUCCAGCAUUAUUGCAGAGUAUCAUGCAUCAUCAAUCCGAACCAAAUAAUAUUCAAGAAAAUUUUAAUCAACGUAUACUUCGUUUAGUUGGAACACAAGAUCCGUUUAGAUUAUUUCUUGAUUUAGAACAAAUUAAAAAAAAAUGGUUCUAUGCACAAGAUACACGACAAAUUUCUAAACGAAAAAAAUUUACACAAUAUGUUCUUGAUACUCAUUUAUUAGAAAUAAUUUAUCCGAGAUUACAAGGUAAAGUUGAUUUGAUUCGAAUGAUUAUAAAUGUUUAUCGACAAAUUCAACAAGAAGCAUUUGGUAUUGUAUUAAUUAAUAAACAAAAUAAAGUUUUUCUGGUACAAAAUGAAAAAUAUUAUUGGAGUUUUCCAAAAGGUAAAUUGAAAUUGAAUCCUGAUACAUAUACAUUCGAAAGUCAAUGGUCAUGUGCAUUGAGAGAAUUUGCUGAAGAAGUAAAUAUUGAUUUAAGUUCAUUGUCUCCAUCACAAUAUUGGGAAGCACGUUUAGCUGAUAAUCGAAUGGUUGGAUUAUUUGUUAUUGAAAAUUUCGAUGACACAAAUGUUCAUUUUGAAUAUGAUAAACGAGAAAUUAUUGAUAUAAUGUGGUUCAAUUUACGUACAAAUGAUGAUGAAAUGCAUACAUUGAGACAAUAUUGGAAAGAACAACAACGAUUAAGUGAUCCGUAUUAUACAGCACUUCCAUUUAUUGAACAUUUGAUAUUUGAAUAUUUACCGCAUAAGGAAGAAAAAGAACUAAAACAAUCAUCAUUAUCGUUUUCUUCGAUUGCAAUGAACCAAGAAGAAGACAAAAGUAUAUCAUCCUCCUUAUCAAAUAAUUCAGUAAUUGAUAAACUUUUGGGUCGUUUACCUAUUUGGCCAUCAUCACCAUCUUCUUCAUCUUCAUCUUCAUCGAUUUCGCCUUCAAAUAAUGCUGGUUUGGAAUUAUUAAAUUUACUUCAACAACAAUCAAAGAAAGAAUCAUCGGAAUUAGAUCCUGUCGAAACAAGUCGAAAUGCGAUAAGUAUAGUUGAUCGAUUGAAUGAAGCUAUUCGUCAAGCUAAGUGCAAUAACAAUAAUAAUAAUUCUACUUCAACAAACAAUGCCGAUCAUCGUAUUGCGGUGCAAGCCUAG